CUCGCAAUGUCGCAAGAAGCAGCAGCCACAGGCACAGCUAUCGUCAGUCUGGCAACGCCGUUAUCAAAUAGUGACGACAAGUGCCGUAAGCGCGCUUUGUCACGUUCGGAGCCGAAAUCCAUAAUCGAGAUACACAUAUCAAAUGAGAUUAACAGCAGCGAUAACAGCUGUAAACGUGCCCAUUUGGAGCCAGAACCUCAAACGGACAUGAAAGAUGAACAAGAACAGCAGCAACACCAACAGCAACAGCAGCAAAGUCCGCCGCUAAACAAUGUUAUUGAACUGAGCAUUGAGGAGCAGCAACGUGACCGCGAUAACCGCGCCAGCUGCCAAAUCUUUCUGCAGCAUUUGCCCUGCUUUAAGCUACAGCAAUUGAUCAGCUCGACACCCAUACCCAAAUGUCGCGAGUGCCGACGUCGCCAUACACUGCCUGCAGCUUCACCUGCAACACCAGCAGAAACUAACAGCAGCAGCAUCAGUAUCAACAGCAGUAGCAGCAGCAAUAGCAAUAACAACAGCGGUAACACCGGCAAUGACAUAUACUGUCGCUUCUACGAGUUUCGACGCCUCCAAUACAAUGCCGAAGGAGAGUUAAGCGUUGCCGGAUUUCCCAAUCCCUACCUGGAGCCGACCAGUGCUGACUACGCAAUCUGGCAGCCGGAUUCGAAGACAGCGCCUACCGCUGGCUUUAUGGAUAUACAAGUGUGCCGCUACAUUUUGUUGCAUGCCGGCGAUCAGUUUUGCUAUCUGUGGCGCCAGGAGGCGGAGGCGUUGAAGCUGCACGAGAAUCCCGACGGUACGAUUGCCUGGAAGAAAGCCGUGCAGGGCAUACGGGAAAUCUGCGAUGUCUGCGAUACAACGCUAUUCAACUAUCACUGGACGUGCAGAAAGUGUGGCUUCGGUGUAUGCAUCGAUUGCUACAAGGAUCGCAAGGAGGGACUGCAAAAUAAGCGGCGAGUCGAGGCUCAGCGAGGCUACGAUGCCUACCACUGGCUGCUCUGCACCGACAGCGACAAGCAGCAGCAGCAUACGCUGCCCGAGCUGAUGCUGACCCAAAUUAUUGCAGGGGAUGCACUUAAUGUGCUCGGUCGCCUGUUGCACGAGGUGCGCACUUUGUGGCAGGUGCCCCAGGUGUGCGGCUGUCUGCUCAGCAAACAGCAGGUCAGGGACGAGCAGCUGACGCAGCUCAUUCAAGACAUGAUCAAGGAGUCACAGCUGAAGCAGCAAACCAGCGCCUCCUCGCUGGCCACCGCUCAGAAGGUGCAGCAGCAGCAGCGGCUGGAGCAGCUGCAUGCCAAGAAAUUGGAAUUUGCUCGACAAAAUGGCAUUGACUAUGUGCCUGGUCGCGUCUGGACCAAGGAGACACUCGGCAAAGAUCCCAUCACCAGCGCUUUUGAUAACUUCAAGCACAUAAAUUUUUUGCGCAAAGGCCUUGCCGGCUUGCGACGCUUCUUGCCCCCACGCGCCAUGACCCUGGUGCACUCGACGCAACUGGCGCCGGGUGUUCCCCAUGAAUGGCUAUGCGAUGGCAAACUGUUGCGCCUCACCGAUCCCAUGCAUCCCGAUAAUCGGGUACUUUUUCAAGAGGUGUGGAAAUGCGGACAGCCUGUGAUGAUAUCCGAGGUGGCUCGCUCGCUCAAUCUGGACCUAUGGCAUCCGCAGGCCUUUUGCCGUGACUUUGGCGACAAACCGAACGAUUUGAUAAACUGUCUGAAUGGCAAUUUGGUGCCCAAUCAGCCGAUGCGCCACUUUUGGGAGGGUUUCCAGUGCAUGCACAAGCGCUUGCUCGACGCCAAUGGCAAGCCGAUGCUGCUGAAGCUCAAGGAUUGGCCACCGGGCGACGAUUUCGCCGAAAUACUGCCCACACGCUUUGCGGAUCUGAUGCGGGGCCUGCCCAUGCCCGAGUAUACGCUGCGCACUGGCAAUCUCAACAUAGCCAGCUGCUUGCCCAAAAUGUUUGUGCCUCCCGAUUUGGGGCCGAAGAUGUACAAUGCCUAUGGCUCGGCACUGCAUCCGGAUAAGGGAACCACCAAUUUGCAUCUGGACAUAUCGGACGCAGUCAACAUAAUGGUCUACGUGGGCAUACCCACGGAUGAGGACAGCAAGCCCCAGCUGGCGGCCACACAGCGCGCCAUCGCACUGGGCGGCUGUGAAUAUAUCACACGGGCCCGUUGCCAGUCGCCGGAUGUGCUGCCUGGCGCACUGUGGCACAUCUUUCCCGCACGCGAUGCGGAUAAGAUACGGGAUCUGCUUAAUCGCGUCACCCUGGAGAAGGGAUUCAGGCUGGAGCCGGACCACGAUCCCAUACACGACCAAAACUGGUAUCUCGACGACAAGUUGCGUGCGCGCCUGUUCAAGGAGUAUGGCGUCGAGGGCUAUCCGAUUGUCCAGUGCUUGGGCGAUGCAGUCUUCAUACCUGCCGGUGCACCGCACCAGGUGCAGAACUUGCACAACUGCAUCAAGGUGGCCGAGGAUUUUGUUUCCCCGGAGAAUAUUACCCACUGCUAUCAUCUGACCCAUGAGUUCAGGCGGCUUUCGCAUUCGCACACCAAUCACGAGGACAAGCUCCAGAUCAAGAACAUUAUCUAUCAUGCAAUUAAGGACUGCUGCACUAUAUUAACGCGUGCACUGGAGGAACGCAUUGAUCUGGAGUUGGCCAAGGCACAGGCUGAGCAAUAGAGGCGAUUCCAUUUCGGGCUUACGAUUUUAGUAUUAUAUAAGUUUCUGAAAAUGUACUUGAUAAACGAAAUUUGUGUUUAUUUCAAUUAUAAUU